AUGACAAACACAGACUCAUCAUCCGCCCAGUCUGCCCCACCCUCCCCAGCAACAACAAUGUCAACCCAAGACAACCCCGCAGUCGACAACUCCCUCGACGACAUCUUCGGCUCCUCCCCACCGCAAGAAAACACCCUGAAUGCACCACUCCCACCAACCACAAUCCCCCAGUCAACCGAACCCUCCGACCUCCCCAGUCUCCGUCGCCAACACGUCACAGCAGGCUACCGCGACGGCACGUCUGCCUCCAAGGGCGCGCACGUGCAAGAAGGCUUCGACGGAGGCUUCCCCGUCGGCGCGCAGCUGGGUAUGCGCGCCGGUACUGUACUGGGCAUUAUGGAGGGACUGCUACGUGGGUUCGAGCAGCGGAGUGGGCCGGGUGUUGUGAAGAAGCCGGUGCGGGGUCAGUCCACUGCUGUCACGGGGAUGGACGGUAAUACCGAAAUUGGGGAAUUGCGUCGACAGAAGAGGGAGCAGCUCCGGGUGUUGUAUGAAGCUGCGCUUAAGGAGCUGGAUGUGCAAGCUGUUUUUGCUGGGGCUGAUGGUGCGUCGGAGGUUGCGCCCAGGGCGGAGGAUGGGGAGGAGGAACGGGCGGAGAUACAGCUUGGGCGGAAGGGGGAUGUUGUUGUUGCGAAGUGGGAGGGGAGGGUUGAAGUUCCGAGGUGGGAGGAGAAUAUGGAGGCUUUGGAGAUGAAGAACGAGGAGGAGGGCAAGGGCAAGGGCGCAGGUCAGGCUGUGGAGCACAGUUGA